UGGUGAGUCUCAUAUUUGUAAGUCCAGCCCACGUCUGGCCGUCCCCGCACCCAGACAUCGACCCGCUUCCCCAAAGAAGCCCUCGUAGCCACCGCCCACGGCCGCUCGACUCGCCAUUGGCCAACCCAAUUCCAGUACUUUUCUCCCCGGAUUCAUUCAUCUGUGUUUGUUUUGUUUUAUUUAUUGCAAAUAAGAUUUUCUAUUUUCCCCGUUCUUGCCUCCCCAAAUCGUUCCAAGUUCGGCUCGCUUGUCUCCCUCCCCUACAUGGAUUCUUUUCUAAAAUUUCACGAACCUCUCUAGACCAGCCAACCUCUCUCUCUCUCUCUAGGGUUUUGAGCAUCACUUUCACUGGCGAUAGCAGAGAGAAGAAAGCCUCGCUCGAAUUUAAUUCUUCUAGGGUUCCGGCCCUGGCAUCCCGUCGGAGAAUAGAGCAGUUUUGUUCGUUUGAUCCUGUACGGCCUCCGGCGCACGCUUUAAAAGUGAGCUUCUCUCUGCUGCGCUCUCGGAUUGUUUCCUUGUCGGGUAUUGGUGGCUGGUUGCGAUUUUCUGUUUAUGUUGCGCUCUCUUUGGUUGCGUUCGCGUCUUCUCGCGUUUGUCGUGGCCUAAUUCGCUGAUUGGAACCCUUCGGAAAACUGAAGCUGGUGAUUGCGUGAUGAUGCCAUUAUAAGUGGGGUGGUGGAUGGUACUGAAGAAAGAGUUGCAUGGGCAUUUGAGAAGUUUUAUGCCAGCGAAUGUUGUUUGGUGCUGCUGAAUGAUUGCAACUAUGGACUUAAAUGCCUCACCAUUACCUGAAGAUGAUGAAGAAACUUUUGAAAGGCAUUUAGAGGAAGUAACUGCCCCAGAAGAUCAUGCUGAGACUGCAGUGGAAAUUUCACGCCGGGAACGUGAAGAAAGACGUCGCCGUUUGAAAAGAGAACGCUCAGAUGACAGACCUAUGCAUGGAGCUCAGCCACAUGCACAUGAUCAGAUGUAUCUGAACAGAAACCCCAAAUAUUUUGAUAGAAACAGGCUUCCCCCAGGUUGGUUGGAUUGCCCUCCAGCUGGUCAAGAAAUAAAUGGCAUCAUUCCUUCUAAGGUUCCUCUGGGUGAAUCUUUUAAUGACUAUGUUGCUCCCGGGAGGAGAUACUCUUUUAGACAAGUGAUUCACCAGCAACGAGUUUUAGGAAGAAAACUUGGUUUAGUGAUCGACUUGACAAACACUAGUCGUUACUAUCAAUCAGCAGAUUGGAAUAAAGAAGGUAUAAAACAUGUUAAGAUUCAAUGCAGGGGGCGGGAUUCCGUACCUGAUAAUGAGUCAGUAAAUGCCUUUGUUUAUGAGGUCUUGCAAUUCCUCUCUCGCCAGAAGCACUCGAAGAAAUAUGUUCUUGUCCAUUGCACACAUGGGCAUAAUCGUACAGGUUAUAUGAUUGUUCAUUAUCUUAUGCGUACAAUGGCAAUUUCUGUUACUCAGGCUAUAAAAAUAUUUGCUGAAGCACGCCCUCCAGGAAUUUACAAACCAGAUUAUAUUGAUGCACUAUACACAUUUUACCAUGAAAGAAAGCCUGAAAUGGUCACUUGCCCUCCAACUCCAGAGUGGAAGAGAUCAUCUGAACUUGAUCUUAAUGGUGAAGCAGUACCAGAUGAUGAUGAUGAUGGUGGUUCAGCUGCUCCUUUGCAUGAGAAUAAUGAGGUAGAUGUGGUAAUGACAAAUGAUGAUGUUUUGGGAGAUAAUGUCCCUUUUGACCAGCAAGCUUCUCUGCGGCUGUUCUGCCAUCAGACCCUUUUGGGUGUUGGGGCAAGAGGAAACACACAAUUUCCUGGAUCGCAUCCAGUGUCUCUCAACAGGGACAACUUGCAACUUUUAAGGCAGCGUUAUUACUAUGCCACCUGGAAAGCUGAUGGAACUCGAUAUAUGAUGCUAAUAACUAUGGAUGGCUGUUACUUGAUUGAUAGAAAUUUUUGUUUCCGAAGAGUCCAGAUGAGGUUUCCUUGCAGAAGUACAAAUGAAGGUUUAGCAGAGAGGACUCAUCACUAUACAUUACUUGAUGGGGAGAUGAUAAUAGAUACUGUGCCAGACUCACAGAAGCAGGAGAGAAGAUAUCUCAUCUAUGAUCUGAUGGCAAUUAAUUCCGUGUCUGUCAUAGAGCGGCCUUUUUAUGAACGAUGGAAGAUGCUUGAGAAAGAAGUUAUUGAGCCUCGGAAUUAUGAACGCCAUAAUAUUUACCAGAGCAGAAAUCCUUAUUACAGAUAUGACUUGGAACCAUUCAGGGUCAGGAGGAAGGAUUUUUGGUUGCUGUCCACAGUUACCAAGCUUUUAAAAGAAUUCAUUCCUAGGCUCUCUCAUGCUGCGGAUGGUCUUAUAUUUCAGGGUUGGGAUGAUCCUUAUAUUCCUCGCACGCAUGAAGGCCUCUUGAAGUGGAAAUACCCUGAAAUGAACUCAGUGGACUUUAUGUUCGAGAUGGAUGAUGAUAAUCGUCAGCUACUCUAUCUGCAUGAACGAGGAAAGAAAAAGCUGAUGGAAGGAAAUAGGGUUGUAUUUACUGAUUCUUCAGAUCCUUCUGCAUUCUCGGGAAAGAUUGUUGAGUGUGCUUGGGAUUCGGAGGAAGAUGUCUGGGUCUGCAUGCGAAUUAGGACUGAUAAGUCUACCCCAAAUGAUUUCAAUACCUACAGGAAGGUGAUGCGGAGCAUAAGGGAUAACAUCACAGAAGACAUCUUGUUGAAUGAGAUUCAAGAGAUAAUCCGCUUGCCCAUGUAUGUCGACAGGAUACGGAAUGAUAGCAAAGCCCACCAACAUACAAGUUCAGCUAGACGCAGGUAAGGAGAGUGGUGUUAUUAUGUUACUAAUGCACUGUGCAUGCUCAAGCCAAAGCCCUUUGCUGCCUGUCUGUCGAAGUCGUAGUGAGUUUCAGUCUCCUCAAAUUGGGCUUGUACUUGGCCAUUGGUAAGAGGGUUGACAAGAAACUGUGUAAUUAGUGAGGCCAUUUUAUAGUGUUGUAGUGUGUGCCUUACUGGGGGUUGUAUGAUCCAGUUGGUACACCUUAGCCCUUCAUUAGGCCUGAAAUUCUUCUUUCUGUUGUCUUUCAGACACAAGUAGCAAUAGUAUCGCCAUGUAAAUUAGCAAUAUUGUUACUUCCCUCCCCCUAAGGUAGCCAUUUUUUAUUUAGUAUUAGAAUGUAGAAACUACAUUACGCGGUUCCUGAUUUCCUUAUGUGAAUAGCUUUUCAUGAAA